CGAGUGUGCGCAUGCGCCAGAUGACGGAGGACGGCUCUAUAUCGAGGUCACCAAAUUCCCGUCUUGCUCGACUUGUUUUAAAAUAAAAGGAAAGUGAAAGCGGACGCCGGAUACGUCACAGGCUGACGCUCUUGCUUGAACUUCGUCCAAAACACCGGCUUUCACAGAGGCUGCAGUCAGAUCCCCUCUCUGCAGUGCAGUUCCUCAGCAGUGUGCAACUCAGUGGGUCAGAGAAGUUGAAGGUGCAAACUUGUUGCAAAUAGAUGUUUGCACUGUGCUGGGACUGAGAUGUCCCCUCUCUUCAUGGAGACCUGCUACCAGACCACCAGUCCUGGAUCUGCUGAAGGACACUCGUCUUCGCAGGAGACAGAGACGGAGGGACACACGGCGAAGUAUGGACAGACAAAGAGACAAAGAAAGAACAGAGACGCCGCUCGUAAGAGCCGCAAAAAACAAAUGGAGAGAGCCGAUGAACUCCACCAGGAGCUGCAGCAGCUGGAGCGGUCUAACUCGGACUUCCAAAAGGAGAUCAAAGCACUAAAAAAAGACGUCCAUCGCUACACGACAGCCCUUGAGCGCCAUAAGCCCUAUUGUCGCCUCGGGGCGUCCGCCCUCACUACGACAUCCAGCCAGGCUCCUGAACCUGUAGACAUCAAUAAGAGCCCACGUCUGUCGCUCUCAUCCGCCCUAUCUUCCCACAGUAUUUUUCCACCCGCUCCCCAUUCUGUCUUCUUCAGCGGCUUCCCCACGCCAGCUAGCACUGAGAUUGACAAUCUUUUCCACCUGGAAUUCCAAGGUAUGGCCACUUCUACCACGCUUCCCUCUGAACCACCUUUAUCUGCAGAAAGUUUGGAAGCGCCCUUGCUUGAUCCGCAUGAAUUUACUGGAAAUCCUGACAACUCGGACUAUCAGUGCUCCACAUCUUUUGCACAGGCCAGUGAAGAUCUUGCUUUGAAGCCAAGCGAGGAGCUCAUGUCGGCAUCUAAGCUUCUGCUCUCCUUGCUUUCCAAUCCCAGUCCUUCCGGUAACCUUCCGACGUCAAGCAGCAACCUGGAUGUACCGUUCAGAUCAAAUGCAUCCUCGCUAGCUGUGAUGGAGGAAUGUCCAGGGAAUCUGUCAUUUUCGGAUCUCCUGGAGGACAAUGAGUGGAUUCUAAAUGCAGGGACAAGUGACUAGUAGUCUCAUGUGUGGAUUACUGGAAAACAUGUUGGUCCCCACAUUGUUCCAGUCAGAAGUUUAUUUCCACUCAUGGUAAAUAAUGUCACAUUCAUGUUAAAGGCCUACUGAAAUGAUUUUUUUAAAUUUAAACGGGGAUAGCAGAUCCAUUCUAUGUGUCAUACUUGAUCAUUUCGCGAUAUUGCCAUAUUUUUGCUGAAAGGAUUUAGUAGAGAACAUCGACGAUAAAGUUCGCAACUUUUGGUCGCUGAUAAAAAAAAGCCUUGCCUGUACCGGAAGUAGUGACGUCGCAGGUUGAAAGGCUCCUCACAUUUCCCCAUUGUUUACACCAGCAGCGAGAGCGAUUCGGACCGAGAAAGCGACGAUUACCCCAUUAAUUUGAGCGAGGAUGAAAGAUUCGUGGAUGAGGAACGUGAGAGUGAAGGACUAGAGUGCAGUGCAGGACGUAUCUUUUUUCGCUCUGACCGUAACUUAGGUAAAAGGGCACAUUGGAUUCCACACUUUCUCCUUUUUCUAUUGUGGAUCACGGAUUUGUAUUUUAAACCACCUCGGAUACUAUAUCCUCUUGAAAAUGAGAGUCGAGAACACGAAAUGGACAUUCACAGUGACUUUUAUCUCCAUGACAAUACAUCGGUGAAGCACUUUAGCUACGGAGCUAACGUGAUAGCAUCGGGCUUAACUGCAGAUAGAAACAAAAGAAAUAAACCCCUGACUGGAAGGAUAGACAGAAAAUCAACAAUACUAUUAAACCAUGGACCUGUAACUACACGGUUAAUGCUUUCCAGCCUGGCGAAGCUUAACAAUGCUGUUGCUAACGACGCCAUUGAAGCUAACUUAGCUAUGGGACCUCACAGAGCUAUGCUAAAAACAUUAGCUAUCCACCUACGCCACCCAGCCCUCAUCUGCUCAUCAACACCCGUGCUCACCUGCGUUCCAGCGAUCGACGGAGCGAUGAAGGACUUCACCCGAUCAUCAAUGCGGUCGGCGGCUAGCGUCGGAUAGCGCGUCUGCUAUCCAAGUCAAAGUCCUCCUGGUUGUGUUGCAGCAGCCAGCCGCUAAUACACCGAUCCCACCUACAGCUUUCUUCUUUGCAGUCUUCAUUGUUCAUUAAACAAAUUGCAAAAGAUUCACCAAUACAGAUGUCCAGAAUACUGUGGAAUUCUGCGAUGAAAACAGCUUUUUGUAUUGGAUACAAUGGUGUCCGAAUACUUCCGUUUCAACGAUUCACGUCACGCGCAUACAUCAUCAUACAUAGACGUUUUCAACCGGAAGUUUCGCGGGAAAUUUAAAAUUGCACUUUAUAAGUUAACCCGGCCGUAUUGGCAUGUGUUGCAAAGUUACGAUUUCAUCAUUGAUAUAUAAACUAUCAGUCUGCGUGGUCGGUAGUAGUGGGUUUCAGUAGGCCUUUAAACCCUUUAUGAUUUAUUUGAACUGUCCUUUUUGUUGCAAAUAAAUUAUUACACAAUGUAAAUCUUCACUGUGUACAUCAAAAAAGACUUCAAUUCUCAGAUCUUCUCUGAGGUGGAGGACUUUCCAUUGCCCUGAGUGUUGGUGGAUGAAAUGAGUCAUGCUGCCAAAGUAAAAUUACCAGCUGCAUUACCGCCUCUUCCUCUCGGCAGAUCUCGCACCAUCCAUAGGUUUUAUAGUUUUACGUGAAGAAGCGCAUGUAACAUGUCAAACCAAUUAACAGCGUCAUAUAUUCUUUUUCGGGGGG